AUGCGAUUGAAUCCGAAUGGGGACGCAUCGACCUUCCCUAAACGUUCGGCCUUGCCACACAUUGCAGGCACACCAAAGGACAAUGCUUGGUUUUGGGGCGGCAACGACGAACUCGGUCGAUUAAACCUCCUCACCCCACAGCGAAUAGCAAAAACCACACAAGAAAAUGUCAAAACGGGAGAAUCAGUAUCACUGGACUUGCCAUUGAACGUUCCCGGCCCAGCCUUCUUUGGACGAAAAGGAUUGAAACAUCGCAUCAAGAACAUAGCCCCCGGCGCUUUCGAUGAUGAACUAGCAUUCAACACGCAGAGCAGUAGCCAGUGGGAUGGCUUCCGCCAUUUCGCGCAUCCAACAUAUAACUGCCAUUACAACGGCGUUAUCUCUGACGAAAUAAUGGCCGAUUUAGACGGCGAUGGAGAAGAUGGCGAAGAAGCACCUGAGCGCUCAAGAAAGCUCGGCAUCGAUGCCUGGGCUAAGAAGGGCAUUAUAGGCCGCGGUAUCCUCCUCGACGUAUACUCUUGGGUCCAGAAGUCGGGCAAAGCAUAUGAUCCUUUCACCAAACACUCCAUAACAGCCGAUGAUCUUCGUGAAUGUGCAGAGUCACAAGGCACGUCGUUUCAAACCGGCGACAUACUCUUGAUACGUACUGGAUGGCUUUCAACAUACAACGCCCUCUCUACCGCCCAGAAAUCCGAUCGCAGCACCAUGCCACUAGAUCAACACUUUUACGCUGGUCUCGAUGCCACAGAUCCCACGAAAGACUUCUUAUAUGACAACUACUUCGCGGCAGCUGCGACGGAUAACGCGAAUUUUGAGGUUUGGCCGCCGGAGAGCUGGGAGGGGAGUCUACAUGCAAGUAUGCUUAGCAUGUGGGGCAUGCCGAUCGGAGAGCUUUGGAAUUUCGAAACGCUGGCGGAGAUGUGCUGGGAGAAGGGGAGGUGGGAGUUUUUGGUUGUCAGUAAACCGGUUGACGUACCUGGGGGUGUUGGGAGCUUGCCGAAUGCGGUUGCGAUAUUCUGA